AUGAACUCCAUCAAGACCGUUUCGGUCCUCUCGUUCCUCACCACCCUCGCUGCUGCCUGGCCUAUGAACACUACCUCCACCGCCUCCACUUCUAAAUGGGAGCAGCCUACCACAUCUUCCAGCUCCUCUUGGAUCUCUACUAAGUCUUCAAGCUCUUCCAACACUACAUACACUACAGUGUACACCACAGACUUCGUGACAUAUUGCCCGAGUCCCACCGUCGUCACGGUCGGAACCCAGACUAUCACAGUUACAAAGGCGACGACCUUGACCGUGCCAUGCCCCACAACCGCUACCGUUACCAAGCCCGUGAAUGCCGCCAGCACCACCCCUGCUCCCAGCGCAUCUGCCAAUCCCUUCGGCACCAGUGGUCUGAUCUCUACUUUCAUCCCCUACUCGGCCACAAAAAGCUCUUCAAUGAUGCCCACCACCUCGACUUGGACCGAGAUGACCACUUACACCACAGUUUUCACCACCGACUACGUUACUGUGUGCCCCACCCCAACUGUUGUUACCAUCAACAGCAAGACUAUCACUGUGACCGCAUCUACUACCCUCACAGUUCCUUGCCCUACCACUCAGGUCAAGACCGACACCAUUACCAAGUCUGUUGUUAUGACUCCCUCGCCUGUUCCGGUCAGCUCGAAGCCUGCUCCUCCUGCCAGCUCGAUGCCCGCAUCCUCGAUGGCCCCAUCCUCGAUGCCCGUUGCCCCUGCCUCUACUGGGCCUGCACCUACCUGCGAGUGCCCUCUCGCUCAGACCGUCACUGUCACUCAGGUCCAGUAUGUCACUGUUUCCAAGCAGCAGGAGACUUCCAUGGCUUCUUCUAGCGCUCCUGCCUCUUCUAUGAUGACUUCCAACCCCCCUCCCAUGAUGACUUCCAGUGCCGCUUCCUCUCCCGUCAUGAGCUCUAAGCCUGCUUCCUCUGCACCUGCUCCUUCCGCAACUGGCAAGUGCCCUCUCGACCUCAAGGCCGGCGCCUACGAGUACCCCCACGCCCUCCGCGUGAACGGCGUCAACGGCUACAACAUCACCAUCAACAAGGACACCAAGACCGACGUCGGCUUUGACAUUCCCCAGGCCGACUCUGGCAAGACCUGCAGCACCUACUUCUCCCUCCCCAAGGCUUCUGAUCUUACCACCUCGGGCUACAGCUUGUCUGGCUCUGGCAUGAUCGAUGUCUCCAAGGAUGGCAAGGUUAUCUACAGCUUUGCUCCUCAGCCUGGAAAUGCUUACAUGAUUGAGUCUGGCGCUUGCGCUGCUGGCAAGUUCGUUACUUACACUUUCAGCACUGCUGAUUCGGUUGCUGUUAACCUGUUCAACGACUACAACCCUUGUGCUCUCGGUGCUUUCGUCACCGUUGCUUAA